AUGAAAGGGGAAGGAGGGGUUAGAUGCAUUGCAUCCAUGGAAUUGGUAGAAGAAGAGGACAGCUUGAAUGGGCCAGAGCAUGCUGAAAAGAGGAUGGGCAAUUGGGUUCUCCAACAUCAGGAAAAUGAUAAGAGCUUGUCCAUAGCAAUAUGUGACAAACUGGAUAUGAACUACGGUUAUAUUAAAGUCCAAUCUACAAAGUUAAAGCCCAUAUACUUUGUUCUGUUUGAGAAGCUAUGUUAUGUCCCUACACAAGGUAAGGACUUACUUCCCCUUUCAGAAAGCAAAACCUCCCUCUCUAUUAGUGCUUAUCCAUCACUGAACAUUCUUUUCUUUCAUCAACCUCAAUCCAACUAA